AUGUCUUCUACCUCUGAGCCUGUCCUAGGCGUGAAACGGAAAACUCUUCAUUCAGAAAUUGGUGAUACAUCUGAAUCACCUGUUUUCAAAAUGGCACCAUCAGCAAUGCCGGAUCCAAAUGAGAGAACUUCUAAUGGCACCAAUGGAGCUGCUCAUCCUCACUCCAACGGAACAGAGGACGAAUGUUACAAGAUACUCCCACAGUAUCAUUCGCAAGCGACAAAACUAAGGGUAGCUUGCGUUGGGGCCGGUGCAUCAGGGUUGUGUGUGGCAUAUAAGAUGGAAAGAAUGCUUGAAGCUGGGUCUUGGGAAUUGACACUGUUCGAAAAGAACUCUCAUUUUGGAGGCACGUGGUAUGAAAAUACCUACCCUGGAGUAGCAUGCGAUAUUCCUUCACAUCUCUACACCUUUUCCUGGGACCCGAAUCCCAAAUGGAGUCACUACUUCGCCUACGGACCAGAAAUUCAGGCCUAUUUCGAGAAUUUUGGGGAAAGACAUGGAAGUAGAAAAUACAUGAAACUAAACUCAAAGGUGGUAGAAGCAAUAUGGGACGAAGCUGCUGGCACGUAUACAAUCACUCUGGAGGAUACGGUUACAGGAGAGCGAUGGAAUGAUUGGUGCCACGUCCUCAUCAAUGGUUCUGGAAUUUUGAAUAACUGGAAAUGGCCAGAUAUCGAAGGGAUUCAUGACUUCAAAGGAAAAUUGAUGCACUCGGCGAAAUGA